AUGCGAGUUGGUUUUGAGCUCGGGUACGGCUUUGUGGAGUUUGACGAUCUGCGAGAUGCAGACGAUGCUGUGUAUGAGCUAAAUGGUAAAGAUCUCUGUGGGGAGAGAGUGAUCGUUGAGCAUGCCAGAGGCCCACGUCGUGACAGCACUUACGGUUCUGGACGCAGUGGAUAUGGUUAUAGAAGAAGCGGAAGAGAUAAGUACGGUCCUCCUACCCGUACAGAAUACAGAUUGAUUGUGGAAAAUUUGUCAAGCCGCUGCAGUUGGCAAGAUCUGAAGGAUUAUAUGCGUCAGGCAGGGGAAGUGACAUAUGCAGAUGCACACAAAGGAAGGAAAAAUGAAGGUGUGAUUGAGUUCAAAUCCUAUUCUGACAUGAAAAGAGCCCUUGAAAAGCUGGACGGGACAGAAGUAAAUGGCAGAAAGAUUAGAUUAGUGGAAGACAGACCUGGAUCGAGACGGCGCCGCUCUUACUCCAGAAGCCGAAGCCAUUCGAGGUCUCGCUCUCGAAGCAGACAUUCUCAUAAGAGCAGGAGCCGCAGUGCCAGUAGUAGUCGCUCCAAGAGUAGAUCAAGAUCCAGGUCUGUGUCCCGUUCCAGAAGCAAGAGCCGUAGUCGAAGCAAGAGCCGUAGCAGAGGCCAAAAAGAGAAAAGCAGGACUCCAAGUAAAGAGGAUAAAAGUAGGAGCCGCAGCAGGAGUGCAGAGAAGUCCCGAAACAAAAGUAAAGAUAAAUCUGAGGGCACUCUCCAUAACAGUGAUGAGAAAGCAAAGAGCAGGAGCCACAGCCAGGAAAAGAGUAGGAGCAGGAGUGGGAGUAAGGACAGGGGGGAGCCGAGGGAGAGCAUGAGGAGUAGGAGCAAGGAGAAGAGUAGAAGCAAAGACAGGGAGAAGAGCAUUAACAAGGCUAGAAGCAGGAGCAAGAGCAGGGAUGAGAGUAGGAGCAGAAGCCACAGUAAGGAUAAAAGGAAAAGUAGGAAGAGAAGCAGGGAUGACAGCAGGAGUAGAAGCAGGAGCCGCAGCAAGAGUGAGAAAAGCAAGAGGCGCAGCAAGCGAGACAGCAAACCAAGUAGCAAGAAGAAAAGGAAGGACAGCCGCGAGCGGUCCAGGUCAGCCUCCAAAGAAAAGGAGCAUCUAAAAUCAGAUUCUGACAAAAAGGAGGCAAAAAGUGAGGGUGAGGAUGCAGCCGCACGUCAGGGGUCUCGCUCCAGAUCUAGAUCUAUUUCCAAGUCAAAACCAAAUGUUAAAUCAGAUUCUCGUUCCAGGUCUAAAUCCGUUUCCAAGCCUAGGUCCCGGUCCAAGUCUAGAUCUAGGUCUGCCUCUAGGUCACGCUCCCGAUCACGGUCAAGGUCUCUCUCCAGAUCCUAACCUUGCUGCAGCCACACUUGGAACAGUCGGGAAAGUCUUUUGUACAUGUUUAGUAGUUGUAGCGCAAGUGAUUGAAGUAGAAAACCUGUUGAUGCUGUAUAUUUUU